AUGAUGUUACUCCGUAACCGUCACCUUGGAGUCACAUGUGGACACAUCAUUCAAGAACAGACACAGCACCGUCCUGUCCUUCAAACACGUUCAUUCUUGACCGUAUUUCAAAAGUAUCUCGAAGCAAAGAAACGUUAUGGUGUCAAGAAUACGCUCUGGAAACUUUACAAUCUUGGUGAGGUGAAAUUUGGUCGUUUUGUAGGUGAAGAUACGAACGGGUUCAAAUACUAUGAAGAUCCAAGUGAAUUGUAUGGUCAACAUCGCUGGACGGAGUAUAAAGUGGACUCGUGGGAUGAAGUAGAAGGUACACUGAUCCCACCAGAGUGGCACUUGUGGAUGCAUCAUAUGACGGAUUCCGUACCGGGUGAAAAUGGUCAGGACCCAACACAAUGGGAAACUUCCGACAUUGUGACUCACUCAGACGCACCAUUUGCUACUCACUUGGGAGAAUAUGGACCCUAUUAUCCCAAUAAAACACUCUAUCGUUCACGUGGAUAUAAUGUUGGUAGUCUAGCAACGAAACCAGAUGAAGUUGAUCAGUAUUAUCUCCAACCUGGUCAUUUACGUCGUACACGUAAACGCAAGCAGCAUUUUUUUGCUGACGUGGAUUAUAACAAUCCACAACAUUCGGAUGAAUCUCGUGCACAAUCGCUGCGUCCUGCUGACGUGAAUUAA